GGUACUUAACAACUGAAAAUAGUUGAUGAAUGUACAAGCACAAUUAAUUAGUAUCAAAGCAUCAUGUCCAAUUUCAAUGGGCAACCAAAUCCAUUGGCGCAAAAUAGUCCACAUAUUAAUGCUAGUGGUGCCAUGCUUAUGUCUGGUACACAAAAUUCAAGUCUUGUAUCUGGCAGUUACAGUAUGUCAAGCCAGAGCUCUCUAAAUGUGGUUGGUCAGAUGUCGCUGGUGAGCUCCAUGGGACAAGGAGUUUAUUUACGACAAGGACAAAUCACAAGCAACAACAUUAUUAUGAGGUCUCCUGGCCCCAGUCCAGUAUUGCUUAGAUCUCCAGUACCUACUCUAACAAGUCCUUUGCGUUCACCUGCACAUUACAUGACGCCCAGUCCAUCUCCAUCGAUACCUCCCAGUCCUAGCCCAAGUCCUAGUCAUGUGUCUCAAAAUUUUUCUGCCUUAGGCUCUCUUGAAAUUCCUACUGCAACAAUUGUUGGUUCUAACAAUUUUCCGCUGAAUAUACAUGCAGGAAAUGUGAAUAAGGGCAAGAGUAUCAAACGUGUUGUAACAAAAUCUGCAAAACCUUCCUACCAGCAAAUUAGCUGCAAUAAUGUCCAUACGGUUAAGAAUGUUGCUAAGACGACAAGUCCAAAUUCUCAAGCUAGAAGCUCCACGGCAAGCCCUAGCAAUCAUUUACAAGUGCAGUCUUCAGCUACGCAACCCAUGGUUCAACAGGCGUUUCAACAAGUUCCGAUGCAAGUUAAUGCAAGCAAUCAGCUUGUGCAAAUAAUUCAAGGUUCACAAAUUAUUGAAUCUAGGCAACAGAUGAUAGUUCCUAAUACUACACAAUCUCAAAACGUAUUGGCUGGCACUAAACAAAAACCACAACAAAUUCUACCUAAGCCUAUGAAUGCUAUUCAGCCUAGUGCAUCCAAUACUCAGACAAAAGUAACUAAGGCAAAUAAUAAUGGUCAGCAGACCAAUAGUCAAAUUAUCCUUCCAGGAAACAUCAAUAAUCAGCCAUUACUUCUAAAUCAGAUGCCUGUGUUAGUUCAACAGAACUCAACUCAAGGAGUACAACUAAUUUUAAGGCCUCCUGUUGCUUCCAACACUCCCGGGCUACUAAUUCAUAAUGCAAGACAACAACCUCAGAUACAUCAGCCUCAACAAUUGUUAAGAAUACUGAAUGGUAUGCAAAUUGCUGCCCCCACAUUUAUAGUAUCGUCUCAGCAGAACAUGCAACAAAACAUUAGCUUGCAGCACAAUAAUCAAGCCAACAUUGCACAACAACAAAUUAAGAGCCAGCCUGUUCAGCAACCUCAACGGCAAUUACUCAACAGUCAUAUCAUCAGUCAAAAUGUUUCUUCAAUUAGUAAUACAAAUUUACAAGCUCAACUUCAAAAUAUUCAGUUGAAUGGUAAUUUAGCACACAUACAAAUGCCAAAUGGUUUAAAUGGACAAUUUAUUAGUCAAAUUCCAGCUCAGUUUCAAGCAAAUCUCGCUGGUUUGAGCCAAAUUUCUACGAAUGUUAAUGAUUUGCAAUAUAAUAAUAUAGAAAUACAAUCCAGCAAAGCAGCUAGUAAUUUGUCUAACAUUAUUACUGUUCCGACUGUAAUGCAACAGAAUGUUGUAGUGUCAACUGCUUCUGUUAGCAAAGUUGGAACGAUGAUUGAUUCUGAACAUUCAACUGAAGGGAAAAAGGUGAUUGAAACUGAAAAAUCUGCUGUAGAUGUUACUGAAGUAAAGACAACUGUCAAAACCAAGAAAGCUAAAAAAAGUAAAAAGACCAAAGGAAAGUUAGAUCUGACUAAUUUAAUGAAGCUUUCAGGAAUAAUUGAAGAUGACGAUAUGAAUUUCUUAGAUAGUAGUAUUUCAAAUAUAACAGCAAAUAUUGCCAAUGAGCAACAGGUGAUCGUUCAAAUGGCUCCACAGGCGACUGUUGCUACACAGGAUACAGAUUCUACUUAUACAUUAAAAGGAACAGAUGAUGUACCCAUGAUCAUUGCAAUGCCGCAAAAUCAAUCUGAAGAAAAUUUAAACUGUAACAAUCCAAUACCCAGUUUAACAUCAACUCACAGCAACACAAAACCAAAUAAAUUUCCAUGUAUGAUUAUGAUUCAAAAUAAUGAUAGCUCCGAACCAUAUAAAAUUUCUCUUCCUAAUGUUUCAAGUAAUAUCUCUGAAUCUGCAAAAGAUUGUGAAGCAUCUAAUGAUGAUUUAAGCAUAGCAAAUCUACCUAAGAUAAAUGAAACAACUGCAAUGAGCCUAGCAAUGAGCGCAUCAAACUUUACUAAUAAUUCUCUAAAUAGCUCGGUUGGUGUACCUACAAUUCAAAGCCAAAUCAACGAAAUACAAAAUCAUCUCAUGGGAUUUUCUCAGGCUGCAAGCAAAAAUUCUGCUUGUACUAAAAGCAAAUCUACUAAAUUUCAGCCUAUUAAAAGUCCUGAUGCAUUAGAAAUAAGAAAUAAUGAAAUAGAUGGAAUUAAUGUCCAUGCUAAUAUUCCUAGUCAAAUUGGAAAUAUUCAAAUUUCACAGGUUAAUAUACCUGUGUCAGUAAAAAAUAGUGAAAAUUUAAUAAAUAGAAACGUAGAAAAUCAUAUUCAAAUUAUGCCCAUUGUUGACAAUAGUAUAAAUUCAUCGGUUAAUAAACUGGUAAAUUCUUAUAUAACUAGGCAAAUGUCGACACAAAAUACUUUUGCAAGAUCUGACUCUUUAAUCGGGUUAUCUGCAGCAUCUGAUGGAUUUGUUGGCGGUUUAAGUUUAACUCUCUCUGAAGAUGGCAGAAUUGUUUUGAGGCAAGACAACAGAUCUUCCGCGCCUGAUCUUCAAACUCAAGUUUUGUUACGCAAUCUGAUUUCAAGUACCUCUGGAACUUCUAAUACUAAUUUGACAUUAACCCAAACACAUCCUGUAUUUCUUAGUGCAUUAUCUAAUGUAAAUAAUGAUGAAUUCAAGCAGAAGCCGAUCACCAAUUGUGUAAAUUCAGUUACUCCCAUAGCAACCCCAAAAGCUAACAAACAACCAAUGAUGGAAAAUCAUCAAAUUGUUACAUCACAAUCACAGAAUGUACUACAUCAAAGGCAGUACUUUCAAGAAGCUGAAUUAAAUAAAACUAAACCUAAUCCCGUACAACAUUCUAUUGUAAGCUCAGAAUACUCCGAUAAUGCUACUAAAGCACUUCUGACACCAGUGACAAAACUAAUAGAAUUACCAAAAAUAGGACCUAAUCAACAGUUAUUUUCAUUGAAUACUGCCACUGAUCAAAUUACUAAGUUAAAUCCAAAGCUCACCACAUUGGCUUUGACCCCUACUGAACAGCUGCUUAUUGUUCCCGCAGGAAUCAAUGCUGAACAACUUGCACAAUGUUUGAUUCAAGGACAGAUUCAUUUUAAUGACAUCACAGGUAUUGUUAGUAGCAAUAAUUCAUCGGCGAUAAAUCAAACGCAGAAUAUUGCAACAUAUGAUGACAGUACAAACAAGGAAAUUUCUUUAUCAAAGACUGAUGAGUAUAAAAAUAAUAAUAAGAGCACUUGUAAAUCAUCACUACAUGUACCAAGUAUUAAUAUUAAUAAUAGGAAUGUACAAGCUGGUAAUGCAGAAAAUAUGAUCUCACCAAAAGUAGGAGUAGUAAAUAAUUGUAAUCCCCAUACGAAUCAAGUUCCUCCUUUAGCCAAUGUUAGUGUUCAAAAUGUUGUAAAGUCUACAGAAGCUUUGAAACAAAAUACAAGUUCUACUAGUAUGCCCAGGCUUAUACCAUUACUAUCAGACGGAGUUACACAGAAUUCUCCUAACUUUGUUCCUCGAAUUCAAACAAUACAAUUAACACCACAGAAACAGCAAUUACUUAAAAGCGUUCAACUACAAAUUCAAGCAUUAUCUGCCAAACUGCAGAAUAAAAACUCAUUAGCAAAUCUUUGCAUACCUGUGCUGGACACAGCUUCCAAUACUGCCACUGCAAUAAUUCAACCUAAUUUAAGUUUGAGUGAUGCUGAAAUUCACAUGGAACUACAGAAUUUAUUCUUAGAACAGCAAAAAAUAUUAGCUACUGGUAAAGUGAUUCCUACCAUACCAGGCCAACAUGCUAAUUUUCAAAUGCCGGAUAAUAACAUCAAGCCUGUUCAAGCUGUACAAAGCCUUCCCUUGUUGCAAGCUGAAUGUAACUUAAACAAUGCAAAUGUAAUUAAGAAGGAAAUAAAGAAUAAUAAAACCUCUGAGAUAAAGUUUCCAAAAACUACAGAAGCCAAUGUUACUGCACCAUCUACCACAGCAAUAAUACAAACAAAAACCAAUGCAAGUCAAAAUUCAAUUCAAGAUAAUUUCAAAAACAAUUCCAACAAAAUAAGUAACACGUCUUACACAAUGCAGAUGGUGGUUCAACCUAGUAAUACUAUGUGUAGUACAAAUCAAAAAAUGGAUCAACAAUCUAGUAAUAUGCGUUUAAUGAAACAACCUAUUAACAGAUCCAGUCUAUUUGAACAACAACUGUCAGUUGACCAAGCAGGUGCAAUUAAUCCAGAUGUCCACACAAAAUUUAUAUCAAAGUCAGACUCAUGCAAACGUCUUAUUAGAUAUCAUUGCCUAAACACCCCAGAUGAAUCUGAAUCUGAUGUUUCAGAAGAAAUAUUUGAAUUAAGAGGACGACAUUUUUUAAAUAAAUUUCAAGGAAUGAUUAAUAAAUAUCAACAACUUUUAAUGAAGCAAUCAAUGAGAUGUGCACCAACAUCAGAACUGAUGAUGAUAGAUAGAAUGUUUGUGGCUGAAGAACAACGUGAAAUUGAACGUCUUCGAAAGGGUGUAACAGCUUGCAACAUUGUUGAAACAGCAAAAUUAAAACAAAACCUGAAUCAUGAUACAAAAGAAUCUUUCAAUCGUAAAAAUACACAGAUUUAUGAAAGUGAGAAAUCUAUAGAUAUCAAUAUUAUAAAAACUGAAGUAGAAAGCAGCACAUCUGAUGCAGCUAGCUAUAAAGAUACAGUUGCUGUGAAAAAUGAAAAUGUUGAUUCUUUUGAUAUAGAAUCAGAAAUCAUGCCAAGUUUUAUUUUGAAAAAAUGUGAAAAGAUUUCAAAAUUUGAUAAUAAAAAUGAAGUUGUAUCAGAAUCAACAGAUUUUGUGGCUCAAACUCAAACAAUAAAAUUAAUUGAAGAAACUAAGAUUAAAGAGGACAGUAAAUCAGAACCUUAUGAUGAAUGGUUUUGUAUACAGAAAGAAUUAGGAUACAUUGAUGAGAAAAAGUCUAUAAAGAAACCUCUAGAUUCUCUUGAUAUGCAAAUGAAUGAUAUUUUUCAAUAUAAAAGUAAUAUGUUUUAUGAUAUAAGUAAUAAAAGUGCUUCAUAUGUUGAAAAUAAUGCAUCAGCGCAAUCAAAAAUUGAAGAUAUUUUUAAAGAAGAUUCAAAACUAUUUGCCGGUAUGAGUGUUGAAACAAAACUUGAAGCAUUAUUUAGUGGUACUAACCAGGCAAAUAUAGAAAAAGUUGUGGAAUCUUGUGAUGCAUCAUUAACUUUGCAAAGCGAUAGGAAUAUUAACAAGAAUUUUUUAAUUGGAUCUUCUGCAAGUUCACCAAAACGCCCAUGGAAUGGAGAGGUAAAUUUUCCAAAAAGGCAGUGUUUAAUUUAUGAUGAUUGCAGGAAAGUUGAACCUGAAAAUAUUAGCACAAGUUAUCAAUGCGAUAAUACUAAGCGCUUGUGGAAUGGAGAAGUAUCUACUACUGACUCUAAGAAAAUAAAACCUGACAACAGUUAUCAGAAGCCAAAGAAAAAUAUUUUGCAUGAUUUAGAGAGGGAUUUACUUGGUUUAGAUCAUAUUGAAAAUAAUCUAAAUUCGAAUUUUGAUGAGGAUAUAAAUGCGCAAGUGCAAUCUGCUAUAGACAGCAUUUUAAAUCUUCAGAGUGCGGAUACUACAUGUCAAUUUGUAAUGGGAUCAGAAUCAUGCUCAUUAGAAUCAAGAGAUCAUCAAGCAUCCAAUAAUAAAAAGUAUCAAAAAUCACAGCAGAAUGUACAUCGAACCUCUAAUUUGGAUACAGGGUUGGAUGAGGCCGUUAAAUCAAUUUUGAAAUCAUGA